UGCUGUGCAUUCCGCGUAGUAUCAAUACUACUUUUGGGUUUUCGAGAACUUCGGAUGGCGAAGGGUCUUAUUAAUUGGGGAGAAGUAAAAAAGCAUCAGUCAUUGAAAGACCGUUGGAUUGUUAUUGACAAUAAGGUUUAUGACGUGUCAAGUUGGCAGAAUAGACAUCCGGGAGGUCGCAAAGUUAUCGGUCACUACGCCGGUCAAGACGCAACAGGUGCAUUCAUUGCAUUUCACAAAAACCGUCAGUAUGCUGAAAAGUUUUUGGGUGCAUACUACGUCGGAGAUCUGGACCAAGAUUGUCCAGAAGACAAAGAUAUAAAUUGCAAAAUUAAGGAGUACCACGAGGAUCUAGAAGGUGUACGUAAUAUCCUAGUUCAGAAGGGACUAUUUGAUGGAAGCAAACUCUUCUUUGGUACAAUGAUGCUUCAAAUUUUUGUGCUCGAAUUACUGGCAUAUUUAAACUUGGCAUAUUUUGGAACCAGCUGGUGGCGAAUUAUGUUAUCAGUUAUACUGUAUUCAAUAUCUCAAGGUCAAGCAAGUUGGCUGCAACACGACUUAGGACAUCUAUCGGUAUUUGGGAGUACGCGAAUAAAUCAUAUUUUCCAUGAAAUUAUCCUUGGUUUAACUAAGGGAGCUUCUUGCCAUUGGUGGAAUCACAUGCAUUCUCAACAUCAUGCUAAGCCGAACGUGAUUGAUAAAGAUCCAGAUACCCGACUAGAACCAAUUUUUGUUGUUGGUGAUAACGUGCUUAGAAGAGCAGCUAGUCCUGAAAGUAAAUGGACGUGGCAUUUUCCUUAUGAACACCAGCAUAAAUAUUUUUUCCUAAUUGGUCCCCCUCUAUUAUUUCCUGUUUAUUUCCAAAUCAUGUCCUUCCGUCAUAUGUGGAUUCACAAAAGAAUAGAGGAUUUUCUGUACGUCACGGGAUUUUGCGUAAAGUUACUCUCUCUUUAUUAUUCAUUGCUUGGAUUCUGGGGAACUUUGGGCUAUUUUUUUGUUGUAAGAUAUUACCUUACGAUCAUUUGCUAAUAAUCCUUUCGAAGUUGUCAUUGAUUUAUUUAGCAAUGCAAACUGAACUGUAACGGUAUCAAAUGCAUUAUUUCAGUGAUCGAUUUAAGAGUCAUAGAAAGUCACUGGUUCACUUGGGUUAGUCAGUCAAACCAUUUGGCUAUGCCAGUAGAUUAUGAUCGAGCUGAACCAUGGUUUCGUUUACAGCUAAAUGGAACAUGCAAUGUUGAAAAUUCACUAUUCAAUGACUGGUUUACAGGACAUUUGAAUUUCCAGAUAGAACAUCACCUAUUUCCAACUAUGCCAAGACAUAAUUAUCAUCUAGUAAGGCCUUAUGUAAAAGCUUUAUGUGAAAAGUAUAACCUUCCCUAUCGCGUUAAGCCAAUUGGAAUAGCCUUUAAAGAUGUUUUCAAAAUAUUGAAAUCAAGUGCAGAAUCAUGGAAAAAAGUAAAAUGUGAAAAAGAAAAAUGUAUGAAAAAACUUCUUGAUGAAUAAAUGAAUAUCUUUAUUAUCAUGUUAUUUACAUAUUUCAUAAUGUAUUGUUUCUAAUUAAAAUUGAGCUAAAAAAACAUGUUCAUAUAUGAACGUAUUGAUCUUAAUUCAUAACUAAUGAUUGUUAAAGUGCUUUUCUACAUAAAUAAACAUCGACAUAAUUUUCUUUUGGUAAUGAUAUUUGUUUAUUUAAAAAAAAAGGUAUUACUUGUUUGUUAA